AUGGGGUUGACGCAGCGAAUCUCAAAAUGGCUGCCCUCUUCGCCGAGUCUCCCUGUGGAUGACGUUUCGCGCGAAAAGGGCCGCAACAUUUCCAGGUUCGCGUUUUUCAAGAGAAGAAUACGCUUGAAGGGCAAUUCAUCGAUUUCUAUACCAUUGGGAUUUGUUUUACUAUUUCCAUGCCUUGUAAUAGUCCUGGUUUUGCUUCUUUUUGUCCGACACCCUUCUUCUCCCGGUGGUAUUCUAAUCCCAGCUGGCACACCUCCAUCUAUAAGUGAAAAGCAUGACAAGGUCUUCGCCUCGGGAUGUCUGCAGGUCGAGAAAGAGGUUGAGGGUAAGCGUGCGAAUGCCGCGUUUGUCGUUCUCGCUAGGAACAAGGAAUUGGACGGAGUCAUCCAGUCUUUGAAGUCAAUUGAGAGACAUUUCAACCGAUGGUUCCACUAUCCUUAUGUGUUCCUGAACGACGGCGAUUUUGAUGACACUUUCAAGGAUACCGUGAAGAAUUAUACAAGUGCUCCUGUGGAAUUCGGCAAAAUUGACGAUACCAUGUGGGGUUAUCCUAAAUGGGUUGACCACGAAGUGGCAAAGGAAGGCAUCAGAAAGCAGGGCGACGCCGCUAUCAUGUAUGGUGGAAUGGAGAGUUACCACCAUAUGUGCAGAUUCUAUUCUGGAUUCUUUUACAAACAUCCCCUUCUCAUGAAGUACGAAUGGUACUGGCGUCUGGAGCCAGAGAUCAGCUACUUCUGUGACAUAACCUACGACCCUUUCGUCAAAAUGGCUGAAGCAAAUAAAACAUAUGGAUUUACGAUUGCUGUCAAAGAACUCCGUGAGACUGUCCCUAACAUCUUCCGCUAUGCCUCGGCCUAUAAGCGGAAGCACAAUCUCGAGUCAAAGGGACUUUGGGAGAUGUUCCUCGAAAGGCCACCUGAGGAGGAGCCUAAGCCCGAGGAAGGGAAACAGGACAAGCUUCCGGAGGAAAUCCUGCAGAAUGAGCCUGGAGAGAAUACUGUUCCCGAUGUCGACCCUGAGGCCAUGGAAGGCGAAAAGUAUAACAUGUGCCAUUUCUGGAGUAACUUUGAAAUCGCACGCUUGGAUUGGUUCCGCAGUAAGGAAUACGAAGAAUUUUUUGAAAUGAUGGAUAGGAGUGGUGGUUUCUGGAUGGAAAGAUGGGGUGAUGCGCCCAUCCACUCGCUAGCUGCAGGUGUUCUUCUGUCGCCCAGCGACAUCCACUACUUCCGUGAUUUUGGGUACCGUCAUACGACCAUCCAACAUUGCCCCGCCAACGCUCCCGCCCGACAACUCCCACGAAUCCCGUGGCUCGAAAUGACCACGGAAGAUGAGAAAGCGCGGUUCGAAGAGGACGAGUAUUGGGCAAAUGCCGACCCCGUGAAAGAGAACGGUGUCGGUUGCAGGUGCAGAUGUGACACAGAUAUCGUGGAUGUUGAGGGUAAACAAGGCAGCUGUCUUGCCGAGUGGGUAGAAGUUGCGGGAGGCUGGGCUUCUCCCUAG